CACAGUUGAGUAGCUUUGUGGAAAAGUCCUGGGAAGACAAAGGGUUAAAAGCCCUUGUACUUCCGGAUGUGCUCAUAGCUUCAGGCUGUGGAGCACAGAGAGGAGAGGAGAGAGAAAGAAGAGAGCAUCCCUUAUUCAGGCACACAGCGAGCUCCAAGCAUUUAAAAGGACGAAUGCACUCAGUAUGAGAAAGAACCACCGUCGUCACAGCACUUCAACGCGAUUUUCUAGGGAUCUAAGAACCUAUUUAAGGACACACUGGGACCUAAUCCAUCUUGAUGUCCUUGCUGACUACGAAAAGUGAGAUUGUUCUCUUUUAUACCUCGUUGUUGCUUGCAUCCUGGUUUUGAAGGAGCAUCAGUCUGAUGGAAGCAGGCAGUUAUUUCGAAGGGACCUUCUUCGUGCUCUUGUAGCUCAAAGGGAAAAGAAAAGGUGUUGGGGUCUGAGUCGAUCCCCUUCUUGAAUACACUCACACACAUACCCACGAAGCUUGCAGAUAAUCAGUCAUUCUGAUUUUGACAGUUCCUGAGCUCUUGAUGGACAACACGAGCAGCCAAAAGGCAAAGAAGCCUUCUGAAUCCACAUCAACAAAUCCAGCCUGCCUUCCCAUGCCUGGUUUCUGCAUUAGCUGCCUGCUGCUUCUGCUGCUACUGCUGGAAAGCAAAGAUUGUUGAAAGGCACACAUACACACUCACACACAGACGGAGGGCUGGCUGGGGAUCUUUACCUGGAGAAGCGGAAGCUGUUAGAUUUGGGCUAAGAACCGCGAGGAUAUUUUGCCCCAGAUCUCGGACACUAAGCACAGCCAUCUCAUGGCACAAAGGUAUGAUGAGCUAGUACACUAUGCUGGAAUGGACGGGGUGCCUCUGUCUGGCUUUGGAGAUCCCCACACAGCUCGAGCCCUGCAACAUCACCAACUUACCCAAGGUUCUCCAUAUGGCGCGGCUUCAGGGGCACACCACAGGGCCACGAUGCCAGUGGGGCUUGUACCUAACGACAGCCUGAAGAGGGAGAAAGACGAGAUAUACGGACACCCCCUAUUUCCAUUGCUGGCCCUAGUCUUUGAGAAGUGCGAGUUGGCCACCUGCUCCCCUCGGGACAACUCGGGUACCUACCCGGGGGGCGACGUGUGCUCCUCUGAUUCCUUUAAUGAAGACAUUGCAGUGUUUGCUAAGCAGGUUCGAACAGAAAAACCACUAUUUUCCUCAAACCCCGAACUGGACAAUUUGAUGAUACAAGCCAUCCAAGUCCUGAGAUUUCACUUGUUAGAGCUAGAAAAGGUUCAUGAUUUGUGCGAUAACUUUUGUCAUCGUUACAUUACAUGCUUGAAGGGGAAGAUGCCAAUUGAUUUAGUUAUAGAUGACCGAGAUGGAGGAUCCAAGUCUGACCUAGAAGAUUUUACUAGCCUCUCUGAUCAGCUAUCCCCACCUGAAGUCAGCGAAGUGCCUGCUCCCCUUGUCUGUGAAGCAAUCUCACGAAAUUAUCUGAAUCAGAAUAACUCCUGGAUCCGUGACCAUGAUGACACAGCAUCAACGCACUCAGGCACUCCAGGUCCUUCAAGUGGAGGACUAGCAUCACAAAGUGGUGACAACUCCAGUGAACAAGGUGACGGCCUAGACAACAGUGUAGCAUCGCCCAGCACAGGAGAUGAUGACGAUUUAGACAGGGACAAAAAAAGGAACAAGAAGCGAGGGAUUUUCCCAAAAGUUGCCACCAACAUCAUGCGGGCCUGGCUCUUCCAACACCUUUCGCACCCAUACCCAUCAGAAGAACAGAAAAAACAGUUAGCACAAGACACAGGGCUAACAAUUCUACAAGUCAAUAACUGGUUUAUCAAUGCUAGAAGACGGAUUGUACAACCUAUGAUCGACCAGUCAAAUCGCUCAGUAGGUCAGGGUGCACCUUAUAGUCCAGAUGGGCAGCCCAUGGGUGGUUAUGUCAUGGAUGGACAGCAACACAUGGGAAUACGUCCAGCAGGUUUGCAAGGUAUACCUGGCAUGCCAGCGGAGUAUCCUGCAGGACCAAUUGGUAUGGGUUUCACACAACCGGCAUAUGCAGCCACUCAGAUGCCCCCUCACCCAGCUGGCCUGAGACAUGGACCCUCACUUCACUCCUAUAUCCCUGGGCACCCUCACCACCCUUCAAUGAUGCAUCGUGGCCCUUCUCCUCACCAUAUGAUGUCAGCACAGAGCCCUGGAGAGACCAUCUUGGGUGGGCAGGCGAUGGACAUUCAUGCCCAUUAGUUUGUCUCUUUCACUGGCACAGACCAAUAGGUGACUGCAAAAAGUCUAAGCAGAAUGCUAGUGAAAGACUUUAAAGUAAAAACAACAAAAACACAUGAAGUUGACUAUGCAUUACUCAUUUGUACCCUGGCACUGCGGACAAAAUGAAAACUGCACUCUUGCACAGAGUGGAACUUCAAUAUUCAACUGAAGCUUGAAACUAUUACUUUAUUACUAUAUUUAUAGAAAUUCCAGAAUGGACCAUUUUAAUGGCAUCUGAUCUUAAGAAUGUGGUGGACCUAUUGAACAAAUGGACUAAACUGAUUUUUCCUCAACCCUCAAGACUGAGAUUAAGUUAACUUGUACAUUUCUUUGUUGUCAUUGUCUUGUUUUAUCCAGUUUUUAUGAUAAAGAUUUCUUGAUUUCAAAAGAA